UCCCCGAACCCUCCCAAAUUUCCCUCCCUUUCUCACUCCUGCCCCAUCCCCAUCUCCUUCCCCCGUCUCCGCCGCCGCCGCCGAAAUCAUCCGCCAUGGCCGCCGCCUCAACGAAGAUCAUCGACUUCGCCGCGGAGAGAGCGCUCGCCAAGGACUUCCUCUCCAACUUCGCCGGCCCCCGCGGCGAGCCCAAGUACCUGAACAUCCUCCAAGAUGUCGCGAACAGGAAGAUCCGCGCGGUCCAGAUCGAGCUGGACGACCUAUUCCAUUACAAGGAUGCGGACGACGAGUUCUUGCAGAGGGUCACGGAGAACACGAAGCGCUACAUUGGCAUAUUCGCGGAGGCCAUCGACGAGCUCAUGCCGGAGUCGACGGAGGCGUACGUCGUCGACGAGGACCGAGACAUCUUGAUGACGCAGCGCGUCGAUGAGGGGGCCGAUGGUGGCGCCGACGGCACCGACCCCCUGCAGAAGAUGCCGCCGGAGAUCAGACGGUUCUUUGAGGUCUACAUCAAGGCGUUCUCAAAGGUUACUCCACUAACCAUUAGGCAAGUGAAGGCAUCCAACAUCGGGCAGCUUGUCAAAAUAUCUGGGAUUGUGACUCGUUGCUCGGACGUGAAGCCCUUGAUGCAAGUUGCUGUUUAUACAUGUGAAGAAUGUGGUUUUGAGAUAUAUCAGGAAGUGACUGCUAGAGUAUUUAUGCCUCUCUUUGAAUGUCCAUCUCAAAGAUGCAAGCUGAACAAAGCCAAAGGGAAUUUAAUCCUUCAACUGCGAGCAUCAAAAUUUCUGAAGUUUCAGGAGGUGAAACUGCAAGAGUUAGCAGAACAUGUACCAAAGGGUCACAUCCCACGUUCUCUGACUGUUCAUCUUAGAGGAGAACUGACGAGAAAGGUUGCACCUGGAGAUGUGGUUGAGAUGUCAGGCAUUUUCCUCCCCAUGCCUUACUUUGGAUUCAGAGCCAUGCGUGCUGGAUUGGUUGCUGAUACCUACUUGGAAGCAAUGUCUAUCACCCAUUUCAAGAAAAAAUAUGAAGAAUAUGAACUUAAAGGUGAUGAACAAGAACAAAUUGACCGGUUGGCUGAGGAUGGUGAUAUAUACAAUAAGUUGGCAAGGUCUUUGGCACCUGAAAUAUUCGGACAUGAAGAUGUAAAAAAAGCACUGUUGUUGCUACUUGUUGGUGCACCUCAUCGAAAGCUCGUAGAUGGCAUGAAGAUUAGAGGAGAUCUGCACAUAUGCCUAAUGGGAGAUCCUGGUGUUGCAAAGAGUCAACUUCUAAAACAUAUCAUCAAUGUUGCUCCUAGAGGAGUGUACACCACAGGGCGUGGAAGCAGUGGUGUUGGUCUUACAGCUGCCGUCCAGAAAGAUCCAGUUACAAAUGAAUUUGUUCUCGAGGGAGGAGCACUGGUACUAGCAGAUAUGGGUAUUUGUGCAAUAGACGAGUUUGACAAGAUGGAAGAGUCAGACAGGACGGCAAUUCAUGAGGUCAUGGAGCAGCAGACAGUUAGCAUUGCGAAGGCUGGAAUCACCACCUCCCUUAAUGCAAGAACGGCAGUUUUGGCUGCUGCAAAUCCAGCAUGGGGAAGGUAUGAUAUGAGGAGGACCCCAGCUGAAAACAUCAAUCUACCUCCAGCACUUCUGUCUCGUUUCGAUCUCCUUUGGUUGAUCUUGGAUCGUGCGGACAUGGAAAAUGAUCUUGAAAUGGCAAGACAUGUUGUUCAUGUGCAUCAAAACCUUGAAUCACCAGCGCUGGGGUUCACACCACUUGAACCAUCAGUUCUUAGGGCAUACAUAUCUGCUGCAAGAAGAGUUGUUCCUUCUGUUCCUCGAGAGCUUGAGGAAUACAUUGCAACUGCCUAUUCGAGCAUCCGCCAAGAGGAAGCGAAAUCAAAUGCACCACAUUCCUACACAACUAUCAGGACUCUUUUGAGCAUACUCCGUAUAUCUAUUGCUCUGGCAAGGCUUAGAUUUUCAGAAACCGUCGCUCAGAGCGAUGUCGAUGAAGCGCUUCGGCUGAUGCAGAUGUCAAAGUAUUCUCUGUACUCAGAUGACCGCCAGAGGUCUGGAUUAGACGCAAUUUCUGACAUAUAUUCCAUCCUGAGGGACGAAGCUGCAAGAACAAACAGCAUGGAUGUCAGAUAUGCUCAUGCCCUUAACUUGAUCUCAAGAAAGGGAUACAGUGAGGCUCAACUGAAGGAAUGCUUGGAGGAGUAUGCAUCCCUGAAUGUUUGGCAGAUCCACCCAAACACCUUUGACAUCCACUUCAUAGAUGCAUAAGGCAGGAAGAAUCGAUCUCAUCUCCUUCAAAGUUCUAACAGCCCAUGAUUAGCUCAAUGAUGGAACAUCUAGAGAAUGAAGCUCCAAGAGCUGUGACCAUGGCUAGGGAGGCCAUUGAUCAAGGUCUAACAAGACUGUAAAAGUACUAAUGAUCUUACACAAACUAUCUUUCUCAUUCUCAGUGAUGUUAUUCUGGGUAGAUGUAGCCUGUGAGAAAUGUAUUAGUAGAGGGAGAUAUCGUUAUCAAUUUCCACCUUGUGAGAAGCAUUUGGUUGUUUAGCCAUAUUCUUGACUCUUGUUCAACACUUGAUACCGAAAUGUAUGUA